GUAAUAUUCCAACAAAAUUUUGUAAUAAACCUGAAGCUAAGGCACUUGUUGGUAUAAUACCAACAUUACAAGGAACUAAGGAAGAAUGUAAUAUGAUGCUAGCUAGUAUUAUUGGAGAUUGGCCUGAAAAUUGCAAAUCAUGCUUAACUUAUAGUGAAACAAAAUGUGCAUGCCCUUGUCAUACUUGCUUUGUUGAAAAGGAUAAAUUAAAUGUUAUUAAUUUACCAGUAAGUCAAAAAAUUAUUCGAACAGAGGAUCAAAUGCAACAAGUCAUUGCAUUAAAACAAGGCAAAGAUUAUUCAUUGCAUAAAGAAACUAAUAGUUUUUAG